GAGCGUUUGUAAGUCAAGAAUCCUUCCAAUGGUUUCUGAUUUACUACUAGUCAACACGUUAAUGCAGGUUCAAGUACGGCGCAGUACUAUCACCAUUCGUGAGUGAAUUCGAAAUCCCUAACGAGGUUGGAUUCAUAGCCUCGGGAACUGCGACCUUUUCUGUCUCCUACGGCGCCGGGUGAUAUAUUAACCCCCACUUUCAAGUGAAUAGCUUCAAUUUAGCUAUUUUGGGUGUACGUAUGUAAUCUUCGAACUACCCAUCGAACUUCUCGUUAAAUUUCUAAAACAACAUCAUCCUCUACAAUAGUUCCUAAACUCUCCCUUACUACUCUAUAUCGAUCAUGUCUACCUCAACACUCCAUCGAAAAAUCCUUUUCAUGACAAACAGCGAGUAUGGCCAAAGUAACGUGGUAUUCGCAACAGCCUAUGAACUUAUUCUCAACAACGUAGAAGUUCAUAUUGCCUCAUUUGAAGCACGUGCCCUUGCGGAAGAAGUCUCUGAUAUUAUCGACUAUGGAAAUCUGCGUUCACCAAUUCGAACACGAGUUGACCAAUUGAAUGCUGGCGAAUAUGGUCCAAUACCAAUUGGUAGUAUCAAAGCAGUUUUCCAUCCGAUAGACAGCCCUGGGAUGGUGGAGAAACUCGCAUCAAUCUUGCCUGGUCAGGAUGGUCUACGACAUGGCGUUGGUUUUCGAGAAGCAUGGAGGGUCUAUGCGCAUAUGACAUUGAUCUUGUCGUCCUAUACUCCUGAAGAAUAUGUUAAGGGAGUUAAUUCUUGUGUUGAAAUUGUUAAAAGUGUCAAUCCGGACGGUAUUGUGGUGGAGAAAUUUUGCUCGCAGGGUUUUGAUGCAUGUGCAGUCUUGGGCAAGAAAAUAAUAAGUAUUAAUCCAAAUAGUUUUAAGGAUACUUUAGCUCAAGCUCAACCAAAUGGCUUUUCAUUAUGGGGUUUGGCCGCGUAAGUGUCUUGCUCUACCUUUCAAAUAAAUCCAAUCUAACAGUCUGACUAGUGUAUGUUCGGGUUUUAAUUUUCCUCUCCCAUGGUACCUCAUCCCCUUGAACAUCAUCCUCACGAUCCGUCUCAUAGUCAUCAUCGUCACGAGUCCAAAUAUCAAAGCCAUUGAAGCUGGACGUAAGAAGGCCAAUAUUCCCGGUCAAUAUCCAUUCUUUGUUCCAUACUCCAAAGAUAUCCAUUAUUUGCUUCCCACUGGACGAGAGUUUGAUCUCAAACUGCCCUACAUCCCGGAAAAUGUGACAACCUGUGGACCCCUCACUUUCGCCUCCUACCCACUCUUUCAAACUGACCCAGAACUCCUAAAAUGGUUGGGGAAAAAACCAACCGUGCUUAUCAAUUUUGGAUCGCAUCUAAAUGGAAGCGUAGAUUUUAAUCGCAAUCUCGCAACCGCAGUCCGCAUCCUCCUAUCUCACAAUCCAUCCAUCCAAGUACUUUGGAAACUCAAACCUACACCCUCAGGAGCCAAUCCAGCUAUUGAAGAAAUCCUCGCUCCUAUUGCCGCUCAAGUAAAGCUCGUGAAAUGGCUCAAGGCAGAGCCUAUCUCUAUCCUCCGAUCUGGUCACAUCAUAGCCUCUGUUCACCACGGUGGCGCGAACUCGUAUUUUGAGAGUAUUGAGAAUGGGAUUCCUCAAUUAAUCCUGCCUUGUUGGUUUGAUACGUAUGAUUAUACCGAGAAGACGGAGUUUUUCGGUAUUGGUUUGUGGGGAAGUAAGAAUUUUGCUCCUGAUGUUGAUGGAGAAGAAUGUGGAAAGGCAUUGAUUCGAGUAACGGAAGAUAAAUCUAUUCAGGAAAAAGCAAAGGAAAUGGGUGAACUUGUUCGAAAGAAAUAUGGAGGAAGAAAAGAUGCGGCGAGGAAGAUAUUGGAGUUGGUUGAGGGCGAAUUUGGAUUAAGAAAGAAAUUGUAGUGUUUUUGGAUCUUGGUCUUGGGCUGCUAGAGCUUUUGGAUAUUGAAAAUGGGAAGGAAUUAUAAAGUGGAGGAAAUGAAGGGGUGAAUCAAGAAGUGCUAACUACAUGUCCUUGUACGCGAGGUAAUGUUGUGUGUGGUUCCACGAGAUUUUCCAUAGGGAUAUACAGUAUGUGCGAUAGAAGCCUUUGUGAUUAAUCGGAAAUAUUAUUUCCUACGGAUAGCAGGGAGUAAAUAAGAUACAUUCUUGAUAUUUAUUCUAUGAGCAAUAUUUUGUG